AUGAGCACACUCUAUAUUAGAGAAGCCAAAGAUGAUGUAAUGAUCAUUUCUCUAUAUGUGGAUGAUCUUCUAGUGAUUGGAAGCAAUCAUGCUCAAGCGGAGGAAUUCAAAAAAUCCACGCACAGUGAGUUUGAAAUGACAGACUUGGGUGAAAUGUCAUACUUUCUUAGGAUGGAGAUUGAUCAAGAUGCAGAUGGUAUUUUUGUGAAUCAAAGGAAGUAUGCAAGUGAAGUCCUUAAGAAGUUCUGCAUGGAGAAUUGUAAACAAGUGGACCUGCCAUUGGUUCCAAAUCUGAAGUUGUCAAAGAGUGAUGAAGCUGAGAAGGUUGAUGAAGGAUUAUACAGGAGCUUGAUUGGUUGCCUGCUAUACUUGAUAGCAACCAGACCAGACAUAAUGUAUGCCACUAGUUUGAUGUCCAGAUUUAUGAGUCAACCAAUCGAGACACAUUUCAAGACUGCAAAAAGGGUGCUGAGAUAUGUGAAGGGCAACACUGACUUUGCAGUGUGUUCAGGAGAUCAGAAGACUUCAAAUGAUAUGAGGAGCACUUCAGGAUAUGCAUUUUUCUUGAAUUGUGGUGCUAUUUGUUGGCUUUCCAAGAAGCAAGAAACCAUGGCUCAAUCCACAGCAGAAGCACAAUAUAUAUCUGAUGCUGUUGUUGUGAGUCAAGCCAUUUGGCUGAGAAAGAUUCUUAAAGACUUGAAGCUGAAGUAG